CAACUGAUUUUUACAAACAAGCCACCGCUGGAAAAAAUUACAAAUUGAUUUAUUUUCCUUUACAAAGUACGUGAAAUAUGGCAGAAUAAAUGCAAGUAAUAAAAAGAAAAUAUGUACACGGUAUUAAUUAUUAUUAAACUUUUACCAAAAUUAUAAAGAAGAAACUAUACUUAUCAAAACAGUAAAGCUUCAACGUCGAAACAUUAAUAUUUAAUGGAGGACUUUUAAACAUGGAAAAUAAAGAAACAAAUAAUCAGUUACUUCCAAAUUAUAGUUGCAAGCGUUGCAAACGGUCCUUCAAAUGCAAACGUGACCAGUUACUGCAUAAAAAGGAGGUGCAUACACUACAUAAUACGUCAUAUGAAUGUCAGAUAUGUAAUAAAUUCUUUUGUAAUAAUGGAAAUUUAGAACGUCAUAUGAAGGUGCAUAAUGACGUUCGUCCACAUGUGUGCGUUACAUGCAAUAAAGCAUUCGCGCAAGCUGUAAACUUGCAGCGACAUUAUUCCGUGCACAGUGGCGAAAGACCCUAUAAAUGCAGUUUCUGUGCCAAAUGCUUCACACAACAAAGCAAUAUGCAACGCCAUCAGCUUACACAUACAGGUGAAAAGCCUUUUCGUUGCAAACGUUGUGGUCGCUACUUCUCACAGCGCGUUAAUCUCAGAAAGCAUAUCCUCUGUCAUCUUAAUGCAAAACCCUAUAAAUGCAAACUUUGUGACAAAAAUUUUAUGCAACUGCAAUCUGCUCGAAGACAUUUAACCACUCACGUUAAGGAAGGUAUUGUUGACGUUAGUGAUGCCCUUGAAGUUACCAGCGUUUUGAAUGAAGUGUUGAUUCCACCCGAUGAACCAGCUAACUUUGAAUGUGCAGUAUGUCGUAGCAUAUUCAGCACUUUUGCUGAGUUUGAAUUACAUGAAGAGGACUGUUUAGGCACGGAUGAUCAACCUUUUCAAGAAAUAGUAGUAGAAACGGCAAAAUAAAAUUGAAAUAAUCAAGAAUAAAUAUAUUUUUUAAUUUUAA